UUAGUAGCUUAUAUACACACUCCGCAUCCCACACACAACCUGAGCAGACACUCCGCCGUUCUAGAGACACGACACGACUCCACUGAGACUGUCACCACUAGAAAGAGCAGGAGGAGGAGGAAAAGCAGAGAGAGAAAGAAAGAGGGAGAGAGAGAGAGAGAGAGGGAUGCUGUCAGCAGGUGUCUACAAGUGAGAUUGGACACAGAGAAGAGGAGAGAGAAAAAAAAAACAAUAGCCUACAAGACAUAAAGAAGGACAGGGAGAGAUGGAAAGCAGAACCUAAGACUUGAAGCUGAGUCCAUUGAAACAUCUUCGCUGGAGUUGGGAGGAAAAAAAAAUAAACAAACAGCACCAUGCUCUACCCUGCUCUUCUCUGUGUGCUGCUGCUGCUGCUGAGUCCUCUUAAACCAACAGAGACACGAGCCCUUCACCCACCUAACCCCAACGCCAUGCAGUUCCUUGAGCAGGUCCUGGACCGUUACAACGACCUCCUGACCCUCGACGACCUUGAGAAUCUCACCAAUGACCAACCUGAGGAGCCCAUGCAGGUAUAUGGUUCCGGGUUAAAGGUCGCCGAGUACCCGAAGUGGAUCGACCUGCCGCCACAAAGCGACAACUCCUGGCUCCGCCUCAUGCGCACAGCUCUGGCCAAUCAGAAGCGGGCGGUGCCGGACCGCGUGAGGAGGGGGUGGAACCGUGGUUGCUUUGGGCUAAAGCUGGACCGGAUCGGGUCGAUGAGUGGACUGGGGUGCUAGAGACGAACGGAGAGAUGACUGCAUGAAGGAAGGAAUGAAUGAAUUAAUUAAAGAAUGAAAGAAAGAAAAGACAACUAGGAUGAUGGACAUUAAUAAUAGGCAGAGUUCUGAUUCUCAUGCUCUCCCUUGUGUGAAGUCCACUAGACUAGAGGGACGGAUGUAGCUGAGGUGAACUGUAUUUGUGAGAGCGGCCUGAGAUCCGUACAUGCAGUCACACAUUUGUGCUUGAAUCAGAGAAGAGAGGCGAAAGGCGAUGAGCACCGAUGCCGAAUGACUGAGUUUCGUCUCUUAAGGACGGCUCCAUCAUAAGACCUUGCUCAAACACACACACACACACACACACACACUGAGUUUCCAAAUCACAGGUUCGACACGUUAGUUUUGUCCAUCUAGUUUCCAUGGUGAAGCAUUGAGUGGUCUCUGUGUUACCUGCAAUGUGAUGAUGUGAAAUAAAAACGUCUGUCAUGUUAAUGCAUUUGAAGAGAUAUAACAUGUAGUGUUUUGGGCAUUCAUGUGUGGAUCUUCAUGGUAUCAAAAAUAUUAAAUAUCUUGUCCAGAAUUAUUUUAAGUCAAAUGCAUGAUUAAUAAUAAAACAUUAACGUAACACAGAGGUUUGCUUUAUGUUUCUAUAUAUUGUGCAUGAAUAAAGGGUUUUAAGAAUCA